CCCGAGCCGCUGCUGCGGCUCUCAGUCGUCGGCCUUGGGAGCUCCCAGAUCCAGCUUGUUGUACCCGGUGCAUUCGGGGCAUCCUCUCACCGCCUUUCCACUUGGCCCACACCAGGACGAUCCCCGACUCCAUGGCGUCGCUUCUGUGCUGUGGGCCCAAGCUGGCCGCCUGCGGCAUCGUCCUCAGCGCCUGGGGAGUGAUCAUGUUGGUAAUGCUCGGAAUCUUUUUCAAUGUCCAUUCCGCUGUGCUAAUUGAGGACGUUCCCUUCACCGAGAAAGAUUUUGAGAAUGGCCCCAAUAACAUAUACUUCUUGUAUGAGCAAGUCAGCUACAACUGUUUCAUCGCCGCGGGCCUUUACCUCCUCCUCGGAGGUUUCUCUUUCUGCCAAGUUCGGCUCAAUAAGCGCAAGGAAUACAUGGUGCGCUAGAGCACCGUCGCGUUUGCCUCUCCAAACCCCUCCACUAUUUAAGGACUCUCCCCAUCCCCUCAUCUUCCCCCAUCCCAGACCCCAUUCCGGCGCCCGACUCCAGUGGAGGGAGGCUGGGGCUGACCAUUCCCUGUUCCUCCGGCUGCCUCGUCUUGUCCCGUACCACAAUAAAGAGAAACUUCUCUUAA